UCCCGUCAACAGCAGUAGCCUCCACGGCAGGAAGAGAGGCGGCGGGGCUCACACAAUGACAAUUAGCACACGCUUAAGUGUGGCUCUCAGCUAGGAAACAACAAAUUGCCCCGUUCAUUUGCAAUUAACAAGGGGGGCCCCGCGCUUGUUACCGGGUUUUAUCGUGAAGCCGCGAGGGAACAGAAAAAAAGCCCAGAGAGCGAGGAUGUUGGUCCCCGCGGGAAGAUAAUGAAGAGGCUGCGCGUUGUGUUGGUGAGCCUCGUUGUAGCUCUCCUGUGCUGGUACCCCAGUCAACAUGUAUUUUGUUCGGAGCAGAGCUCGUCUGGCCCAAGUCAGUCUGCCAGAGACAAAAACCCUGACGGCCACAAGCAGGAGCAGGACUCCAGGCAACACGAGGUGGUGGAAGAGUGGAAGACACAUACAUCAUAUGAUAUGGGACUAGAGACAGAGAGAGCAGCACAAGAGAAGCUGGCAACACAAAACGACAAACAUCAAGAACAGACUGUGAAUCCGCAGGAAGCUGAGGUGGAGGAGACAAAGCCAGACCCAGAGUCUGACACUCAACCUGUUGCUCCUGAGCCAGAACCCCACCCAGACCCCCAGAGCGAUUUGGACCUGCAAACUGACCCCCAGGACCAUUACCAGGAGACCCCAUUGUCCUCCACUCCAGAACCAGUUCCAGCACAGGGCCAAGUUUCCCCAGACACCACAGCCCAAGCAGAAAUCCACAGUGACGCUCCUGCUGCACAUCCCAGACUGGACUCAAACCCAGUCACAUCGGCAGAUGAAGCUGAAAACACACCUACCUCAGAGAGUGCUGGCCCGGCCCACACAGGUGCAGUGUGGGUUGCCAGUGCAGGAGAUGAUCUCCCAGUAGACAACUUUGUGUUUGCUGAGCACUCUGAUUCACAGUGCAGGGUCAUUCCCCCCGAACUGGCAACCUGUGAAAACUACCCUUUUGGCAGCCCUCUGCUCCGUGCGGAUGAGGCUGGUAUAAAAGACCAGCUAUUUGACCAGAGCCUCGGUUCUGGUUCGGAAGCAGAGGUCCAGUCCACACCAGGCCAUGUGGAUCAGGAACAGCAGCAGCGGCAGCAGCUGGAGGAUGGGCCGUCUGAUUUGGACCGAGAGGGCAACACGUCCCAACACCACCAAGAAGAGCAGGCAGGGGAUGCCAGUGUUGCCAGAGAGACCGAUCCUUCGGUGCCCAGCAAAGAAGACAUCCCCACCUUUGACGAGUGGAAGAAACAAGUCAUGGAGGUGGAGAAGGAGAAAAGUCAGUCUCUCCACACCUCAGCCAGUGGCAGUCCCCAUCCAGUGAAGAAGGUCCAGAAAAACUUCAAGAAUAACUACGCAUCUGUCGAGUGUGGUGCCAAGAUACUCUCUGCCAACAAUGAGGCCAAGAGCACUUCAGCUAUUCUCAUGGAGAAUAUGGACCUUUACAUGCUGAAUCCUUGCAGCAACAAAAUCUGGUUUGUGAUAGAGCUCUGUGAGCCUAUUCAAGUCAAGCAGCUGGACAUCGCUAACUUUGAACUCUUCUCAUCGACACCUAAAGACUUUCUGGUAUCCAUCAGUGACAGAUAUCCUACCAACAAGUGGGUAAAGCUGGGCACUUUCCAUGCCCGCGAUGAGCGGAUAGUCCAGAGCUUCCCACUGGAUGAACAGCUUUAUGCUAAAUAUGUGAAGAUGUUCAUCAAGUACAUAAAGGUUGAACUUCUCUCACACUUUGGAUCAGAACAUUUCUGUCCUCUCAGUCUCAUCAGGGUGUUUGGUACCAGCAUGGUGGAGGAGUAUGAGGAGAUAGCAGAUUCCCAGUACCCUUCAGAGAGACUUGAGUACUUGGAUGAAGACUAUGACUAUCCUCCUGGUUACCAACCGUCAGAGGACAAGGCAUCUAAAAACCUGCUUGGCUCAGCAACCAAUGCGAUUCUAAACAUGGUUAACAACAUUGCUGCUAAUGUGCUGGGCGGCAAGCCAGAGCUGGAGGUUGGAGCAGGCACGAUAAGAGGUAACACAACAACAGAGGGGGAUGAAGAGAAGGGGAACACUGAAGUUACAAUUGAAUCGGCUGAAACACCUCAUGAUUCUGCAGCACUGGAGCCUGCAGAACCGGAGGACCCUGUUACCCAGGAGGACUCUAAUGUCUCCAGGGAUUCCUCCACACCUUCUCCCUCCUCAUCCGACUCCCAUGAGGACAGACAGAUUGUCACUCUGGUAGAGGAGGAGGAGGGGGUGGAGGAGGAAGAGCCCAGACAGUCUACUGUCACCCUGAUGGAGGAGGAGGGAGAGGAUGAGGAGGAGGAGGAGAAGAGGGGGGAGGAGACGAUGAGGAGAGAGGCAGACAGAAAUCAGUGGGAAAGCCAGACCUACUGUCCUUUCUCCUCCCUCUCCUCCCUGUCUCUGUCCUGCAUGGUCACCCUGCCGGAGCUGCUCCAUCGCUGGUGCUCUGCCCGGCUUGCCAAGGAGAGACUCCGCAGCCUCAGGCGGAGGCAGCUGAGCACCCAAACACAGACGCACCCAGCUGUGAACAUCCCUGUCCUCAAACACACACCAGCACAAAUCCCUGUCCCUGCCCCCACACCUACACAAGAAGCCCUUCCCCUCACAGAAAGAGAUCCAGAGCCUGAGGUGCCCAAGGGCCAAAAUGAUGGCAGGUCUCUGGGUGAGACACAUCUCCGCACAAGCAUACCUGAUGCACACACUCCAGAGCUCAGUAUCGUCCUAGAGCCUAGUAGAACCUCCACCAUCCCCCAUCAAAGUUUCUCAGAUUUCCACAGUUCUCUGAUGCGGCCGACCCCCACGCAUGAGGAGAGCGCCCUUCCUCCCAUAAAAGACGCAGCCUUGGACCCAGCUCCCACUCCACCCUUUCAAACCAUCUCCAUCCCAGAGACACAGCAGGCCAGCGUUGCCACCCCCACCCUUACUGUCAGCUCCUCCCCACAGUCUGUGUCCCCUGAGACAGGCUCUCCUGGUGUUGUGGUUCCUCCUGUCAUGGAGCAGCCUAUUCAGACUCUUCCCACUGCAUCAAGGCCUGAAGACCAUUUCCCCCCUCCCACUGAACUGCCAACAGCGGCCCCACUGACUGACAUUCACACAGAUCCAAUAAGUUCAGGUGCGGACGGCGGGGACACGCAGAGACGCAACGUCCAGGCAUCUCAGACUCACAGGGAGCAGGGCGACUCUGUCUCUCAGACCGGAGAGCACCGCGUGGAAGACUCGGUGGACGAGGACCUGUUGAGCACCAAUGGGAAUGGCAAUGUCCAUCGGACCGCUACAGACUUCUACGCAGAGCUGCAGAACGGGGGAGAUUAUAAUGGUGGGACCGUGAAUGGACACGGCGUUUUAAUGAAUGGUGGAGCGGUGCACGGCUCCAGCCAGAAGGAGAGCGUGUUCAUGAGGCUGAACAACAGGAUCAAAGCUCUGGAGAUGAACAUGAGUCUGUCCAGCAGAUACCUGGAGGAGCUCAGCCAGAGGUACCGUAAACAGAUGGAAGAGAUGCAGAGAGCGUUCAAUAAAACCAUCAUCAAACUGCAGAACACCUCCCGCAUUGCUGAAGAGCAGGACCAGAGGCAGACCGAUUCCAUCCAGCUCCUGCAGAACCAGCUGGAGAAUGUCACCAAACUGAUGUUGAAUCUCACCAAUGCAGUCAGCCAGUUGCAGAGAGAGGUAUCGGAUCGUCAGAGCUACCUGGUCGUCUCUCUUGUUCUCUGUCUGUCUCUGGGCCUCCUGCUGUGUCUGCAGUGCUGCCGCAGCUCCUCCCCCAGCCCCAACACCGCCACUGCUGCUGCUGCAGCUGCUGCUGCUGUGCUUCCCAAGAGCAACCACUACCCCAGCCCGAAAAGAUGCUUUUCCUCAUAUGACGACAUGAGCCUUAAGCGCAGGGUCACCUGUCCGCUGGUUCGUUCCAAGUCCUUCCAUCUGUCCUCUACAGAAGUAGGUCCAGAUGACUUGUACAUUGUAGAACCUCUAAGGUUUUCUCCAGAGAAAAAGAAAAAGCGCUGCAAGGCAAAGUCACUGGACAAGGUUGAGACUCUGAAGGCUUCAAAUCCCUCUAUUUCGCUCUCAGACGAGGGUCUGGUGUUUAACGGCUUCCACCCAUGUCUCCCUGCGCCAACCCCUGCCCUGCCCCCUCCUCCUCCUCCCCCUCCUCCUCCUCCUCCUCCUCCGCCUCCCCCCUCACCCAUGCCUCUCCCUCCCUCCUCGAAGGAGGUGUCAUCGUCGCUCCCUUGCACCUUGAAGGAGUUCCCCUCAGAGACGAGUAGCUGCAGCUCGUCCACCCACUCGGAGGAGUCCUACACGAACCGCUUCCCCCCUCCGUCUCCCAAAUUCCCCUCCACCGGCCUGUGCAACGGCCACGGCCUCCCGCAGCCUCCCGCCAAGUCCCGCCAGGAGAAGCGCUCCGUGAAGCGACGGAAGUCGCGGCAGACGGAGCUGCAGUUCCCGCAUAUGCCAGCAGGGGGCGUCGCCUCUCUGCCCAGCCUGCAGCAGCUUAUGAAGGGAAACAAGGAGAUCAGCGUCGGGACCAUAGGCGUGACAGCUGUCACCGGACAUGUGUGAAACACUCACACUUCGUUUUUACACAAUUUUCUAUUCACCACACACACACACACACACACACACACACACACACACACACACACACACACACACACACACACACACACACACACACUAUAUGGUAGCAUCCCAAAGAACCACGUUUCUCAUGAGCACCCAGGCGCACCGUGGAACUGACAUGGCUAUGGCAGCAGUAGCUCGACAUCAUCCAGUCCAUAUCCACUCCUGUCAAAGACCUGUUUACGGUUACGUGCCUUUAUAUCUGUUCCAGACCUUUUCAAUGCUUAAAAAAAGCAGAACUGUUUGUGUGCGCAGAGAGACACUAAGCUGGGAGAGAACCAUUCAUACAGAUGAAAUCCAUCGAGAUUUGUGUUCAAGAUGUUCUGUUGUUGUUUGUUUCUAAUGGAUACAGUAAGCACAUUGGCCUCAACUCCAUGUUCCUUCACCUACAAGCAGCACAAAACCUAUCAGGCUGCUCUUCUGGGAUGAAACGUGUCAUUGUGAGAGAACAGUUGAACAUAACAAACUUCUCCUAUCCUUAUUUCCUUCUAUCUUCCAUUGCCAUCUCUUUUUUUUUUUUAAUCUUAUCCAUUCUGUCUUGGCUUUGCAUCCUAACAUGUCGGCGGGUGUUGUAGGGGACCAGUGUUUUCAACUUUCAUCUACACCAGACUCGCUACGACUGUCUCUGUCAGUCUGAUCCAAACCAACCCUCAGAGCUGAAUGAAGAAAAUAACUCCCUUUUCAUGUAAAUGUCCCACUAAAUGUGACAAAUACAAAAGCAGCAGCCUGUGGGUCUAACAACCAUCGCAGUGACCGUGUGUCCCCCUCGAUAAGUGUGGGCUGGGCCCGAAGCGCUUGGAUCACACCAAAUUAAGAGAAGUUGUGUUUUUUUGUCAGUGGAUAUCUCAUCAUAUGAGGGUCCAGACAGACCAGAGCCAAGUUGAACAUUAUUAUUUUUUUUGCAUAUUUUUUUUAUUUUUUAUCCAUUACUGAGCCAUGAUCCUCUUGUUACAGAUGUGCUUUGUUUUUAUUGUUCUCACUAGUAUGUACAGUUUUUCCCCUUCCUACAGUGUACUGUAGAAGGACACUGGUUAGCAGAGCUGAAUGUUUACACUAAUGACUCACUCACUCACUCACUCACUCACUCACUCACUCACUCACACACACACACACACACACACACACACACACACACUCACUCUCUACUGGGACCCUGCAGUCGAGUCUGACAGUCCAGUUUUAUUUAUCUAUUUAUUUAUUUAAACGACUACAGAUUUUUCUAACACAGGCACUGACUUGCCAGUCUCCCGAUGCUGCAGUGUCACAGUAGUUCACCCAUGUGAGUAUAUUACAAUGAAAUAUUACAGUGAAAAUACUCGUUGGUACUGACACAUGGUGAUUGGCUCAACCACUUUUUUUUUACCCUGUACAUUUUUACGUUGGGCUCUCACAUUAUAGCAGCCCCUACCUCUGUUUGCCCGAUAUGUCGGACAUGUACAACGCGUCCUGCAGCGCCCGAUGUGCCCAUCGAGAUAACGGAGUAUUGAUUUUAGAAGACGACGUGUUUAGUCGAACCGAGCUGCUGUUUUUGUGUUUGCUCCGAGCUGCUGGGCAGUAGGAAGUGGCAGGAAGGGCUAAACUGAGUGUUUGUCUUCUGUGACUUACCUACAAUAACAUUGAGUUUAAUAUUCAAACACAUUGCACAGUGAUCAGAUGUGGGAAAAGAGAUUCACUUUUAGUUUGUUUUUAAAUAAUACAAUUUAAAGUAGCUUUUUCUAUACAUUUGUACAGUUUCUGACUGGCUCUAGGUUGGACUUUUUGGACAUUGUGACAGCAACGAGAACUCUCUUCUACGUUUAGUCUCCUAAUUGAUGAGGCUCAUCCUGACCAGCUCCCACAGCGCUCCUUCCUCUUUACAUUUCCUCAUCCACCAGGGUCACCUCACGAUCCUUUGAACGACAUUUUCUUUGACUGUGAAGACAAUAUUUUUUUUUUUAAAUGCCUGCUUUUAUUAACCACACUUAACAUGUUCACAUUAGGAGCUUGAAACGCUUUGUCCGUCUGCAGGCCUGCUUUACUCAUUUGCUCAUCUUUCUUUUGCAACCCACUUCUCAUUGUGCACCUGCCCUAUCUUUUAUUCACUUGUCACUGCUCUCCAACGUCAUGCGCUCGCCCCACUGUGAAUGAUAAAUGUGGUCCGUGAAGAGAAGAACAUUGUUGUUUAAUAAAGGGAACAAAGGAGAGAUUGGGUGUGAUUUGGAAGACUUAUUAAUUUGAUUCUAUAUGUUACACGAGCAGAGUCAAACAUGAGGUGUGUUGUUUGUUGUUUUUUUACCCUUUUUGAAUGUGUGUAUGAUCUUUGUGUGUAAACGUGUAUACACGAGAGACAUUUUUUAGGUGUUGAUCUCAUGUAUGUAUGUUUGUGUUAUGAGAGACUACUUUUUAAUGAAUCUACAUAUACCCAUUACACUGCGAAUGGAGUGAAAGCCCUCGGUGAGAAAUUAAAUUCUAGGAGCUCGGUGUGCACUUUGUAUGACUCCUCAUGCCUUUUCUUUGUUUUUUCUACCUAAUAUGUAAAGUGCUAUCUUUUAUUUCUCUCUCUCUCUCUCCCUUUCUCUCUCUUUGUGAUUACUUUGAAGAGCUGCACAGUAUUUUUGAGCAGGAGUGAGAUACUGCAAAAAAUGUAGUGCCAUUAGAAACUGUGAAUUUCUAAAUAAAACUUUUGUCGUCUUUCA